AGCGCUAAGCCUGCUGAGGCUGCUCCCGCUGAGGAGUCCAAGCCCGUCGACGUCGCCACCUCUACUCCUGUUCAAGCUGCUGCAUGAAGUGCUUCCCGCAAGGAAGUCGAGUAUGAGAAAUGGUGGGACCAGCGAUAUUCGUAUCCUAACCCUUCAACUACUCGAUGAUCAGUCGUUCUGGAAAAUGAAAAGCCCGGAAAAGAAAAAAAUACAACCAAUGAUUGUUACUUUUUGUGUCUAAUUGAUGUUCCCACUGGCACCAUGUUGGUAUCCCUCUCCCUGUGCAAGGCGAGGUCUGCCAAGAUGAGUGUCAAUGAUACCCUCUGCUGCUUUGGCGGUCAUUUCCGAGCCCGGAUGUCUAUUGCGUGUCCGGUGCUGCGUUUCAUUCCUUUAUGAUAUGCGUUCCGCAAGGAUACCCAACUGGCCUUGUGUGUUCAUGUUGUGCGCCGUCCAAACUAGAUUGAUACCACUUGUUGCUGUUUAUUGCUUGCUCUUUGAUGUUCUCAUGUUGCUGUUUGAUGCUUUUGUCUUGAUACCCUACUGGGAGGAAGGGUGCUUUUUGCCAGCUGGACGGGGAGUUCCCUCCACUCAAAUUGGCCCGAACCGUCGACUACCAUGGCUACAUGGUGACAGCGUGCUGAUAGCGCCAUGUAUACAUGGCACAGCAUCAUGAGGUAAUACUUAAUAGAAUCCACGUAUUGUUA